GAGUUCAUUGAAAAUUAUGAGGAUGCAGAUGUAGGAAGAAAGAAGAAGACUUCAAAGACUCAGAGACAAAAAGGAAAGAAACAGGUAGGGAGUGACAAGAAACACGGCCCCAGUCCUGCUUCAGCCCAAGCAGCAGGCAGACUCCUGUCUCCCCGGCUGCUCACAGUCCCUCCCGCUCUCCUCCCCCCAGAGUGGCUCUGCUUCGCUGGGAGCUUUCCCGAAAGGUCAGCUGCUCAAGCUACGCACUGCUGGCCCCGAGGAAAUGGUGUCCGGAAAGCCCCACGGUGGCAGCCAGCAGGAGCCUGCGCAGGAGGAUCAGGACCCUGACACCCACCUUCUGAGCAUGCCCACCCAACGAGGCCCGCGGAGCUUACCUCCACUUCCUUCAGCUUCUAGAACGGGCUUUGCAGAAUUUUCCAUGAGGGAGCGCAUGAGGGAGAAAUUAAAAGCUGCAAGGUCCAAAGCAGAAAGUGCGUUGCUCCAGGAAAUUUCCACCCCUCGGCCCAGGCGCUUACGAAGCCCCAGUGAGA